AUGAGGCCCAACCAACUCCUUCCCCUCAUCAUCCUCCUCGCGUCCUCUGCCGCCGCCGCCGCCCUGCGUGCCCACAUCGGCGUGAUCGCACUCUGCGCCCUCACCGACUACCCGGUCGUCUGCCUGGACGCCGCAAAGUCGUUCGGGAGCUCCUACCCGCCGUCGCCCGAUGCGGGGGAUCUGCUGUCCAUGCACCUCGACAUGGCGGCGAAGCACACGCGGGCUGCGAAGGCGGAGGUGGAGGAGCAGCUGAAGUGGACGGAAAACGCGCGCGAGCAGGGGGCGCUCAAGGUGUGCGCGUCGCAGUUCGGGGACGCGCUGGACGACAUGGGCAAGGCGCGGAACGCCAUCCUGGUGAAGGACGCCGGCACCGCCAACAGCAUGCUCAGCGCCGUCAUCACGUACUACAGCACCUGCGACGACGCCUUCACCGAGAUAAAGAGGGCGAACCCGGUGGCGAAGCAGGACGACGCGCUCUCCAAGAUUAUCAGCAACGCCCUCGCCCUCGGCCAGCUGGCGCUCGCCGGAAAUAAGUAG